AUGGCGUCAGGCUACCUCAAGGUCGAUGGCGACAAGGUUGUGGACGGAAAAGGCCAGCAGGUGGUGCUUCGUGGUGCAGCAAUUGGAGGAUGGAUGAACAUGGAGAACUUCAUCACAGGGUAUCCCGGACACGAGUUUCAACACAGAGCCUCAAUGAGAAAGGUGCUUGGAGAGGAGAAGGCGGACUAUUUCUUCGACAAAUGGCUCGAAUACCACUUCACCGAGGCAGACGCCCGCUUUUUCGCAAGCCUGAAGCUGAACUGCAUUCGACUGCCCUUCAACUACCGACAUCUUGAAGACGACAUGAACCCACGAGUGUUGAAGGAGUCGGGCUUUAAACAUCUCGACAGAGUCAUCGAUAUCUGUGCGAAGCACCAGAUCUAUACGAUUCUUGACAUGCAUACGGUGCCGGGAGGUCAAAAUCCAGACUGGCACUCCGACAAUCCGACCAACUAUUCCGCGUUCUGGGAUUACAAGGACCACCAAGACAGAACCAUUUGGUUGUGGCAAGAGAUUGCAAAGAGAUACAAGGACAACAAAUGGGUGGCGGGCUACAAUCCCAUCAACGAACCCUGCGACCCUGAGCACAUCCGCCUUCCAGCUUUCUAUAAACGGUUGGAACCGGCUAUUCGUGCCGUUGACCCUCACCACAUCCUGUGGUUAGACGGCAACACCUUCUCGAUGGAGUGGAUCGGCUUCGACGACGUGUUACCUAAUUGCGUGUACGCCUUACACGACUACUCCAUGAUGGGCUUCCCUACUGGUGACCGCUACAAGGGCACAGAAGACCAGAACAGCAAGCUGGAAAGACAGUUCCUACGAAAGGCCGAGUUCAUGCUCAAGCACAAAUGCCCCAUCUGGAAUGGUGAAUUCGGUCCAGUGUACGCCGACCCAGCGGAGGACGAGGACGCAGAAGGCAUCAACCAUGACCGAUAUAACAUGCUCGGCCAGCAAUUGGACGUCUACGACAAGUAUAAGAUCAGUUGGAGUAUCUGGCUGUACAAGGACAUCGGCGUGCAAGGAAUGAUGCAUACGAACAGAAACUCGAAGUGGAAUCGCACUAUACAGCCCUUCCUGGACAAGAAAAAGCAACAUCGAUUGGAUGCUUGGGGAGUACACCACUCGGCUGAAGCUGAGGCUGCACUCAAUCCUCUGGUCGAGUGGAUCGAUAAGAUUUGCCCAACCGCGAAAGACGCUUACCCAGGCCCGUGGCAGACUGAAAGGCACGUCAUGCGCGCCGUGAUCCAGACGUGGUUGAGCGCGCAAUUUUCCGACGAGUUCGCGAAACAAUUCGAGGGAAUGGAUUUCAAAGAGUUGAAUGAACUGGCACACAGUUUUCAUUUUGAAGAAUGCGUGCAACGAGAAGGGCUGAACAAGAUUUUGAGCCAGCAUGCUCCUCGAUGA